AUGUGUCUACAUCUAUCCGUGGCAGUCCUCAGCGGGCAGAGUGUCUCUAUUGAUAUGGACCCACAGAGCUCGGUGGAGGAUCUCCGGAAAGCAGCAGAAUCGGGACUCCAGACUUCCUUAGGCAUACUGGUUCGGCCAGGCGGUGCUGAAUUCCUGCGGGGAACAAGCUCGCUGCAAGAUGCUGGCAUUCAGGACGGUGAUGUCGUGGGAGCCUUCACAGCCAAGCCCAAGCUUCAGCUACAUUCCAACCGAUUGGCCCAUGCCAUUUGUGCCAUCCAAACGGAUGGCUCUGUCCUGGCUUGGGGUGAUGAAGACAGUGGGGGUGACAGCUCUGAUGUGCAAGAGGAGCUGGUGAAUGUUUGGGAUGUUAGGAUGACCGCAAGGGCCUGCGCAGCACUUCGACGUGACGGCACCGUGGUCACCUGGGGCUGCGAAGAACUAGGCGGAGACAGCAGUGAACUCGUAGAGGAGCUGCAAAACAUCCAGAGACUCUUUAGCACUGCCGGAGCUUUCGCCGCGAUACGUGCUGACAACAAAGUCAUCACUUGGGGCGACGAGGACUGGGGCGGCGAUUGUUCUGAGGUGCAGGACGACCUGGAGAACGUUAGCCAUAUCUGUGCCUCUGGUGCAGCUUUUGCUGCACUCAAAAAUGAUGGCUCCGUAAUCACUUGGGGCUCGGCCUGUCAUGGUGGCGAUAGCCAAAGUGUCCAAGAGCAGCUGAAGGAUGUAAAGAGCAUCUCUGCAACUUCCGCGGCAUUUGCAGCAGUUACAGGCAGCGGCAAGGUUGUUGUUUGGGGAGAUCCCCUGCUGGGCGGUGAUUCCAACAAAGUCCCAGCAGAUUUGAUCGGCGUGCAAAGAUUGGAGGCCACCGCAGGUGCAUUUGCUGCCAUCAAGUCUGACGGCAGCAUUGUUUGCUGGGGCCUUCCAGAGCUCGGUGGAACCGUAACUGAUGUUGCCGACGAGAUUCAGAAUUGCAGGGCGCUGAUCCCGUCUGGCAAUGCUUUCGCAGCAAUCACACCGGAAGGCCGUGUUGUCUGUUGGGGAGAUCCGGAAGCUUGCUUCAAAGACCGUGUCUGCGCACAGAGUGCACACAAUCACCAAAUGUACCUGGCUCACGACAAGUCAUCUCCAGCAAGCUGA